CCUUAUUCAAUGUACCAUUAACAUGUAGUCCUAAUUUAAAAGCUAAAGUAAGGAAGAAAAAUAAAGAAAGGUUUUUCUUUUUGACGAGAUGGUCAUUCUGAAGGAAAUAAAUUGCCAAGCAAAGUGCAUAUGCAUGUAGCUAGUGAAAAAGCUGAAAAAAAGAGAAUGCAUCUUUCUAAGCUUGUUCCUUUCCUGGUCUUUCUUCUUCUGCCUCUGCUCAUCAUAUGUGGAAACAGUGCUGAUGAUCCCAUUUUGCCUCCGGAGGAAGUGAAUUCUCUGAAGGCAGUCAUAUCUGAACUGGGGUUAGUGCCUGCACCAUACAUAUGGACCUAUUAUUGCACAGGGAGUUCACGCCGUGGCUACAGCAUUAACAUCAGAUGCAACUGUAGUUAUGAUAACAACAAGACUUGCCACAUUACCAGCAUAGUUACGGAUGUGAUAGACUUGAGUGGUGGAACUAUCCAUAGAAAUAUCUCUCAACUCAGGUUUCUGGAGAAACUAGAUCUUGGAAGCAAUCAACUAUCUGGUUCCAUACCUGAUACCUUGGGAGAUCUUAAGCAUUUAAUAACGCUCAAUCUGUACAAGAACUUACUUACAGGCGGCAUACCUCCAUCACUGGGGAAAUUGUCGUCGCUCAGAACUCUUGCACUGUAUAGGAAUAGAUUGUCAGAUCCAAUUCCUGAAGCACUUGGGGAGCUUUCUAAUCUUGAGACCUUGAGAUUGGAACAGAAUCAACUCGCUGGUGUUAUUCCACUGCAACUAGGAAGCUUGCGGAAACUUAAACAACUGAGGUUGGAUGAGAAUGAACUGAUUGGCACUCUUCCACCACAACUUGGAGGCUUGAGCAACCUUCUACAGCUUGAUGCAAGUUCCAACAAUCUUAGUGGUGUUUUGCCAGAUAACUUUAAGAAUCUCAAGUCUCUCGACUUCUUUGCUGUAUCUGGGAACAACUUAACGGGUCCAAUUCCCAAUUUUAUAGCAGAAAAAUGGACCAGACUCACGAGCCUGUUUCUCACUGGAAAUGAAUUUGAAGGACCACUGCCUGAUAAAAUUUUUAGUAUGUCAAAUCUUCAAUAUUUGUUGGUUAGUGACCUCAAAAACACUGGUUUCUCUUUCUCUUUCCCGACAAAUGCAAAAAUGCCAAACAUAUAUUACCUGGUAUUGAGAAAUUGCUUAAUUACUGGUCAAAUUCCAAAAUACAUUGGUGAAUGGUCAUCGUUGCGGUACCUCGACUUAAGCUUUAACAACUUAACCGGUGAGAUUCCAGAAUCGUUGAGGGGUCUACAUUUGAAUAAAAUGUUUCUUACAAGGAACAUGCUUAAUGGAAUACUGCCUGGCUGGAUUUCUGAAAUUGCUAAACUGGACUUGUCAUAUAACAAUUUUACAAAUCAUUCCACAGAAAAAAUUUCAAUGCAAGAGCUAAACAUGAAUUAUAUACAUGAAAUAAGAGAUGAUCAAUGCUCUCACAAAUCAAAGUAUCAUUCCUUGUUCAUAAAUUGUGAAGGUCCAAAGUUGCUUAUUGAAGGAAAUCUAUAUGAUGGUGAUAAUGCCACAUCAAACUUUUUUAAAGAUCCAGAAGGAAAGUGGGCUUAUACAUGUUUUGGUGAUUUUUGGUCAACAACCAGCAAUUCAAGUGAUUACAUUAAAAACAUGACAUGUGGAAUUUCUGAGAAAUCUCUAUAUAAAACAGCUCGCCUUUGCCCUGUUGCUUUGACAUACUAUGCCUUUUGUUUGCAUCAAGGCAAAUAUGAUGUGACACUUCACUUUGCUGAAACUGUUUAUGCAAAGGAAGAAGACUAUAGUAGCCAAGGUAAACGUGUUUUCGACGUAUAUAUUCAGGGGGAGAGACAGCUAAAGGAUUUUAACAUAAAAUGAAGGAUUGGGGGUCCAAAUGUAGAAUUACCUGUGGUGUUGCCAGCACAUGUAAAAGACAAUUUAUUACAGAUACAUCUGUAUUGGGCCGGCAAAGGAUCUCUAUACAAUCCACCUGCUCUUAAUGGACCUCUUUUGUCAGCCAUUUCUGUGAUUCCAAGUAAUCAUAACAAGAAACUAUCUCCAGUGAAAAUAACAGGGUUUACACUGGGUUCAGCUUUUACUUUCUUACUUGUAUUGUUUGUCAUGAGGAAAAUGGGCUGGUUAGGAAAGAACGAGUUGGAUGAAAAAAUAAUACAGGUUGAAGACAAAAAGUUUACCCUGAGGCAGAUAAUAAACGCUACUCGAAAUUUUAACCCUAGAAUGGUGAUUGGUGAAGACCGUUUUGGGAAAUUAUACAAGGCUAAACUACCAAAUCAGAUCAAAUUAACAGUGAAAAAGAUAUCUCCUGAAUUAAAGCAGCAAGAAAAAGUGGAACUUCAAAAGGAAAUUACAAACUUGUUAUCCUUGAGACAUGACAACCUAGUUAAACUAUUGGAUGGCUAUUCUAAAAAGAACCUACAUCUGCUAAUAUAUGAAGAUUUGGAAAAGCCCUCCCUUCAUCAUAACUUGUUCGGUAAUUAUCAAAUUUUAAACAUUUUUAUGUAUUAUUACAAUGUAAAUUUGUUAUACGUGUUUAGAUGAAGAAAAAGAAAUAGUUUCUUACAUGAUAUGGUGCACAAGAAACUACAAGUUUAUUAAGGAGAAAUUAUUAUAUACACACAUAGUAAUGUUUUUUUCACUUAUAAAAUAUUAAAUUUAUUUUUUAUGAUUUGCAAAGAAAGUCAUAUGUAUGUGACUGUAAUGAACACUAUAUUUUUAUGUACUAGAUAUACCUAAUAUUCUCUCAAGUUUAAGAACUCAAUAUAUAAAAAUAUGAUAAGUUCAAGGAACUCAUAAUGUUUUUUUUCCUACAAAUUGAAUUAAAUUGCUUUUUUUGAUAAUAACACGUAUUAUAGUAACAACUAUUAGAGAAUCUUAAUUAAUUAAUGUUUGGAUUUGCAGUGUCAACAAAACACUUGGUUGGAAGGAUAGACUUGAGAUCUGCUUGGGAAUAGCAAGCGGUUUGAAGUAUCUACAUGAAGGGGAGGAAAGAGAAGUGAAAGGAAAAGAAGAGAGAGAAAAAGAAAGGAAAGAAAUAAAACUUAGUUGGAAAAAUAGAUUUGACAUGUGGUUGGGAAUUACAGCAAAAAAUUUGAAGUUUUUAUAUAAAAAUGGGGGAAAAAAAGAGGAAAAAGAAACAAAAUGGAAAGAAAAUAAAGAAGAGAAAAGAAAGUUAAAAAUUGUUCAUGGCAAUGUAAAAUCCAAUAAUAUUAUACUUGAUAAAACCUAUGCGGCUAAAUUAACUAAUUUUGGAUUGGCUACAGUCUAUGAGGUCGAUCCAUUUAUGCCAUUCAACACAAAUGAAGGAAGACAAUAUAUGGCACCCGAGUGUUUAUAUGGAUUUCCUGUAACAGUUCAAGCUGAUGUUUACAAUUUUGGGGUGGUCAUGCUUGAAAUUGUUAGUGGGGAAGAGCGUAUGUCUAUGUCAAACCACAAAAUGCAACUUUUAGUACAUAAGGCUAUAUCUUUUCACGAAAAGAAAAUGACUUUGGAGUUGAUUGAUAAAAAAUUAAAAAUUCCAAGUGAUGAUCAAGAUCAGGCUAAGUUUAUUUUGGAUUUAGCCAUAAAAUGCAUCAAUCAGACCCCGAUUAUGAGGCCUACGAUGUCUUUUAUCGUCAGUGAACUUGAAAGAACCAUUUCAAAGGAGAAAGGAUUCAUGCAUGAAAGUGGCUUUGAAAUAGAUACCUGAUGAGGCAAAUUUGGAUGUUUUGUGUAUUUUCAAGAUUGACCACCACAGUUUGCUUAGCAGUUAUGAUUAUAAGUAUCUAAAAUUGAUACUACAUUGCGCUCCAUUUCGAUGUAUAUGUAAAUUUAAAAAUGACAUGGUGUUUGAAUUUGUUAUUGUGUUUAGAUUUUAUGUUUUAACAUGGAACGCAAAUUUGAAACAUAAUAGCCACUAGCUCUAGAACCCUUUUGCCCCUCCUUCAAUUGCAGCUUUGUGCUGUUGCCACUGUUUUAUUGAAGUGAAGUUGAUGCAAGUGUUAUUACUGGAUUUCUUU